AUGUAUACGAAGAUGGAAACUACUUUCUACGACGAUUCGCUCAACGGUGCCGGCUACGGGUACAGCGGCUCCAAAGCGCUGAAACACAACAUGACGCUGAACUUGUCCGACCCCGCCGGUAGCCUGAAGCCUCACCUCCGGGCCCGGGCCAGCGACCUGCUCACCUCCCCGGACGUGGGCUUGCUGAAGCUAGCCUCUCCGGAGCUGGAGCGACUCAUCAUCCAGUCGAGUAACGGGCUGAUCACCACCACGCCGACGCCGACUCAGUUCUUGUGCCCCAAGAACGUCACCGACGAGCAGGAGGGCUUCGCCGAGGGCUUCGUGCGCGCACUGGCUGAGCUCCACCACCAGCACAUGCCUGGGGUGAGCGUCCCCUCGGCGGCGCCGCCGUCCGUAGCCGGGGUGGCCGUGUAUAGCGGCAGCAUGCGCUCGGACUCGCCGGUUUAUGAGGAUUUAAACACUUUCCAGCCUGCUAUCAGCACCGUGUCGUCUCCGAGUUACACCACAUCGGUCCCGAGUUACACCAGCACGGCUCUGAGCUAUAGCAGCACGGCCCCAAGCGCGUCCUUCCCGAUUUACGCCCAGCCAUCCUCUUCCUCCUCCUCUUCAUCCACUUCCUCCUCCCAUCUGCCACUGCUCGCCACGCUCAAGGAGGAGCCGCAAACAGUGCCCGAGAUGCCGGGUGAGACGCCUCCGUUAUCCCCCAUCGACAUGGAGAGCCAGGAGCGCAUCAAGGCCGAGCGCAAGCGCAUGCGCAACCGCAUCGCCGCCUCCAAGUGCCGCAAGAGGAAGCUGGAGCGCAUCUCGCGGCUGGAGGACAAAGUCAAGAGCCUCAAGUCGCAAAACUCUGAACUGGCGUCUACAGCUAACAUGUUGCGAGAGCAGGUGGCGCAACUUAAGCAGAAAGUGAUGAACCACGUCAACAGUGGAUGUCAACUCAUGUUGACGCAGCAGCUCCAGACCUUCUGA